AGCAGCCCAGCAGGCAGCAGUGUCUCCUUUUCACUGCCCGCCUCCGCCCUCCUGGCUGCAGCUCUCUUUCUUCUCCGCGAACUCGCCGUAUGUUUGGUCCCCCCACACAAACCCCGAAAAAGCCCCUCCGCCGGUGCUCCGCCUCCAUUCCUCCCGACCUCCACCCCCAUGGCGGCACACGAGGCCUCCGCUAGCGGAGGCGAGGGCGCGCGCCGCCCGCCGCCGCGUCCCGCGCUCUCCCUGCCCCCGCGUGCCGCCGCCGAAUCCUUUUUCGCCGCCGCCGGCUCCGCUGCCGAGUCAAGCCCCGGCCCUCUCACCCUCGCCGCCGCGCUCUUCCCCGACAUGCCCUCCCCGGCCUUCCACGGCUCCUUCACCCAGCUCCUCGUCGGCGCCAUGGGUUCCCCAGCCGCAUCCUCCGCCAGCGGCCCUUCCCCUCCCUCGCCGUUCCCCGUGCCACCGGGGCUCAGCCGCACCGCUCUCCUUGGCUCUCCCUCGCUUUUCUCCCCUACGGGGAAUUUUGAAAUGUCCCAUCGACAAGCCUUAGCACAAGUAACAGCGCAAGCAGUCCAUUCUCAGUACACUAUUGUUAAUCAAGCAGACUACCCGCUCCCUUUCUCGUCGACAACUUCAGCUUUCACAUCACAGCAUGUAAACUCUUCUGCAAACAUUACAUCAACGGAGGAGACACCAACCCCACCAUCACUUACAGGUAAUAGCAACUUCAAACCAAAUGAGGUUUCACAAGGAUUCCAAACAUCCGCUCUCACUGUGGAUAAACCUGCUGAUGAUGGCUACAAUUGGCGGAAGUAUGGCCAGAAGGCAGUUAAAGGUGGGGAGUAUCCAAGGAGCUACUAUAAAUGCACCCAGGCGGGCUGUCCAGUUAAGAAGAAAGUGGAGCGCUCAGCAUGUGGAGAGAUUACUCAAAUAAUUUAUAGAGGACAGCAUAACCACCAACGUCCACCGAAAAGGAGGUCUAAAGAUGGUGGUAGUUUACUAGAUGAAGUGGAUGAUUUCCAUGAGAAUGGAGACACUUUGAAUAGAUCAGAGCAAGGAUCUCAAGACCACUCUGCAAAAUUUGAGGUAUCAAAUGAUGGCAUCACGGUUCCUUCAAUGUCUAAGAGGGCAGAGGGGGAUGAUCAAUCGUCAGGCUCAAGUGAUAGUGAGGAGAAGGCUUGUGAUGAAGCAGGGGCGGACAACGGAGAUGGUGGUUCUACGAAUGCAAAGAAGAGGCAUGUUCCAGCUCCAGCUCAAAGGAUCAUUGUGCAAACAACUAGUGAGGUUGAUCUUUUGGAUGAUGGCUACAGGUGGCGCAAGUAUGGGCAGAAAGUGGUAAAAGGGAAUCCUCAUCCAAGGAGUUACUACAAAUGCACUUUCCAAGGAUGUGAUGUAAAGAAGCAUAUCGAAAGAUGUUCACAAGACUCGACGGAUGUGAUAACUACAUAUGAAGGCAAGCACAGCCAUGAUGUACCAGCAGCUAGGAACAGCAGCCAUGCUUCUAAUGCCAAUGCGUCAUCUUCCAGCAGCUUACGGCACAGAGCGCAGAAUACGGCAUCAAGUAGCCAACCAUCGCUGCGCAGAUCAGCAUUACGUACAGCUUCGUCAGAUUCUUCUCUACAGCUAAAAGAAGAAAAUGAGAUAACAUAAACAUUUGGAGGGUAGCCAGGUAAUUUAUUCUGUUCUCUCAGCCCAAUUUCUGGCUGUGCUCCUGCAUUUGGCUUCAAUGAAGAGGAAGAUACCCUUCCAUGAGCUUGCAUGCAGUCUGUUUUGCAGCACUGCAUCUUGGAUACUGUGCUUACAUUGGUUCUAAAUUGUAUUGAUCCCUAGUCCACGGAAAAACUAUAGGCGACAGAGGUUUCGUUGUUCCAAGUGUAUAUGCUCGUUUUGAGACUCUACCUGAUAGCCUGACUUGUAGAUACGCUCGGUUCCUACCAUACCUCUGUAAGUGUUAGUCGACAGGAUGUAUUGAAGGUAUAAUCAAGGAGGAAUGCGAUGUUUUGCCGUGAACCUUCUCCAGUUA